AUGGAGAUAGGGCUUGAGGGCACUCAUCCUGAGGAAUCAGAGCCGAAACUCGACAAGGGUAAAGGACAUGAAUAUGUCCCGCCAGUGGUUAAUCCUAUCCUAUGCCAUCUGCCCAAGUUCAAUGCUGGAGCCCAAUCGGCUUCUGGUAAGGUGCCAGAUGCCAACAUGAAACCAGAACUGUCCCCUUCCACGACCAAGCCCAUUGUGGACCCCCAUUGUAAGGAUGGAACACCCCCUGGUCCUCCCGGACCUGGAGGUGGCUAUUUGCCCGAUACUGGACCCCCAGAUGGAGGUGGAGGUGGUGGUGGUGGUGGUAAAAACCCACCUUCAUCAGCACUGUCUAACCAUGACAAUGGUAAUUUAUGGGGAUUUGGAUCUCAAUUCAUGCCGUCCCCUCACCUAUCUCAUGCUGGAGGCCCUUCCGACAGAGGUCCACCCAGUGGAGGUGGAGGUGGAGGUGGUGGGGGUGGUAAUCCACCCUCGCCACCCCCAUCUGAUGAUGAGGACCAAUUUCAUGUGCCAACUCCCCUGCAUGACUUUGUGUGUGAAGCUACUGUAUUACACGCUUAUGAUGACUUUGAAGAGGAGGAUUAUGACUAUCGACCUAUAGUGGUUGAUGAGUUAUAUUCAGACCUCGACAUUGACCCAGCCAUGCUGUGCUUAAUGGCAAGCAGCAUGAUCAAACUCAGGAAAUACCAUGGGAAACCUGACCUUCCUGAGUUUGAUUGUUGGUUUCAAGGGGUGAUUGGAUGGAUGAGACUCAUUGGGCAUUGUGGCAGUCCUAUCACUCACAAUGAUGAGGGUGAUCCCAUCCCUUCAUCUUGCGACUGCCAAUGGAAGCUAGUGCUCCAUGGCUUCCUAUCAGGUGCCACCGAACAUUGGUAUUCCACAUUCAUCGACAGAGGUCGUGUCGCAUACAAAUGGAUGUUUUUGAGGGUGGUGAAGGUGAUGUUCCAUAACUUUGUGUAUGAGACUACCCUCUGCUCAGCCUCAGAAUCUUAUCAGGCUGUGAAGUAUUCCUGGGAUGGUGGACUACACCAGCUAUAUGCUGACAUGGUAUACCAUAUUCAAUACAUGCCAUCCCAACCAGAUGUGUACAAUGUAUGCUGUAACAUUAUGGACAAAAUGCCCAAAUCCAUUAGUGACUUGCUAUAUGAUGAAGGGCUGUCCACGGAGCUAUCUUCUUGCCCUGAUAUCAUGCCCUCCCCCGAAGAGAAAUUUUGGGGGCAUGCCCUCAAGCUGCAUGUAAUUAGUGAUAAACAGCACAAACCUCCCAGCCCGACAUGUAGAAAAUUCAGCCCUCCCGCUUGCCCAGAUACAGUAGUUGUUAAACGUAAGUUGGACACUACUAAAGGUGGGAUGAAUUGGGCUUGUAAGGAAUCCGAUUCAUCCACCCGUACUUGUUAUCAUUGUGGAAAGCCUGGCCAUAUUUCCACUGACCCUGACUGCCCCAUGAGUGUUGAUGGGGCAGAAGACAUGGAAAAUCCCACCGAAUCCCCAAACACUGAGCCUGAGGUUGUACCGGAAGAGCCAUAUGGAGGCUCUCAGUAUUCAUCUGAGUAUGAGGCCAAAAUUGUGGAAGAUCCCAACGACUAUGGCAAUGAUGAUGAGUGGAAUUGGGCUAUGAGGGACCAUGACCCACAAUUGUCUGAAUUUCUAUGGGGAAUUAGGGAAGGGGAGGGCUCUACUAAUGAGGCCAACAAGGACGAGUCUGUAGUGAGCGAAUGCGGGUCUCAUGAUGAGUGGUCGUUGGACUAUCCUGAGUUUCUUGGUACAAUUCAAGAAAGCCACGGCGAGUUCACCCCCACCUUGGAGCCAGUAUUAAAAUGGGCUCAGCACAAAGGAACUAGACCAUUCUGUCACUCAGGAGAGAACAGGUGCCUGUCUGCCUGGGUUGAAAUUAAUGGCAUGAAGGCAUUCACACUGUUCGACAGUGGUAGUACGUCUGACGCCAUUAGUCCCGACUUCGUCCCAGUUGCGAACAUUUGCUAUUUCGAAUUGACAAACCCUGUCAUUCUCCAAUUGGGUACAAAGGGCACGGUGACUAUCAAAGAUAUUGAAGAUAUGGCUAAUGGAGCUGUGGAGUUAGAGUUGGAUAGCAAUAACUACCAACCUGAUCUGCAGGAAGUUCAUGAGUUCAUACAAGAAUUCACCAAGGAAUACUACCCCCAAGGGCAGCCUACUGAGGAGAAACUCGGUAGGAUGGCCGUGGAUGAGGCGAUGCACCUAGCAUCUUCACGAUUCAAGGAACGAACAUCAGAGAUGGGGUGCCUUAAAAAGAAAGAUACACCAUGGCUGCACACACAAUGGUUGGAAUCUUGUAAGGAUAUUCUUGGAGGAGUACCCGACAAGCUUCCACCACUAUGA